CCGGUUUACAGCUGCAGACCAAGGCUCCAAAUCGCAAUUUGAAAAAAAGAUUAGCUAGAAGACAGAAGGCAUUAUCGACCUGUAGCCGCCAUUUGCUUAGGCGUAUCAAGGUGUUACCUGAUUGCGAUCGUGGUUGGCGCCGAGAUCCUGUAAUUGCGGAAGUCGACUAUGAGUCAACCCGCGUGCUACAUGCAUGAAAUAAACAAAUACUCUCUUUCGAUAAUGAUGACACUGAUUGCUAGGUAAAGCAGAAAGCAAAGGAAACUGGAACGAAAGUGUACAGUACCGUUUCGCCAGAUUGCUAAGUUGGUGCUUAAGUGCUAAGAGGUACUGAAUUCACUUAAUCCAGCUGUAGAGUCUCUAUCGUAUUUUCAUAACGAUAAGCAAGAUCUGACGUUUACUUCGUUGAAGUACUUUAAACAGUCAUUUGUUGAAAGGAACGGCGAUGGCACUAAAAGAAGCUGAGCUUGCAACAGGGGAUGGCCAUAUAGGAGACACAGAGCAAAUGUCACUGAUAUUAGAUGAACGCGCCCGGAAACAUGCCAAAAUCGAGGACGCAAUCAAGGAAUGCGACGUUGUUAGGCUUCGCGCAAUGGCUUGUGAUGAUGGUGGCUUCCUAAAUGACGAGCUACGAAGACAAGCUUGGCCAAUUCUUCUCGGCAUAGAACAAACAUCAGUGCUUAAGGAAUCGACCGAAGAUGAAAUUAAAAGCCAUACAAGUUAUGAGCAGGUUGUACUCGACGUGAACCGUUCGAUUAAGCGAUUUCCACCAUCGAUUCCUACAGAAAGUCGGUUAAACCUUCAAGACAAGCUCGUGAAAGUCAUCAUGCGCGUACUCGUAGCCAAUCCGCAACUGCACUAUUAUCAGGGUUACCAUGAUAUCUGUGUUACUAUUCUUCUGGUAGUUAAUGGCGACGAAAAUCUCGCUUUUCAGAUCAUUGAGAAGGUGUCCCGUGUGAAAUUGCGUGUCUAUAUGGAGGCGUCAAUGAAGGCUACGGCAGAACAGCUUGAAUUUGUCUGUAUUCUAGUGGAUACACAGGAUCCCGAAUUAGGAAAAUUUCUGGAAUUGUCCCAGUGUGGUAUUAUGUUUUGUGUGCCGUGGUGUAUUACUUGGUUCGGCCACGAUCUCGACCACUAUCCAAGUCUUGUUCGAUUAUACGAUCUAUUCUUGGCAAUAGAGGAUGACCCGCACCUGAUGCCUGUGUAUCUAACGGCUUCACUGGUUUUGUCUCAUUCGAAGAUGCUUCAGUUAGAAGAAUGUUCGAUGGCUAGCGUGCACAGCUAUCUGUCAAAGGUGCCAAGCACUAUCAAUUUCGAAAAUGGUGAACUUGAGAAGCAUGUGACGUUUGCGAGAAAGCUUGCUGCCUACUUUCCGGUGAACGAGCUAAGGGCGAUCCAGGCCAAAAAUCAGGCUAGGGCUGAGCUGGAGCAGCAGUGGCGUGAAAGCCUGCUUGGUAUGACGUUUAGCCAGCUACGCAGCAUGUCAUGGAAUAAACGCGUGUUUGGAGCCGUAAUCAUUGUUACUGUGGCUAUCGCAUACCAGGUGUAUCGUAAGCGAAGCUUACCAACAAGUGAACGAUGAUUUGACUCUCGUCACGGUUGUUACGCCGUAAAAUCGUUUAGUGUAAGCUGUGACGGUCUGGCGAUAAUUAUGGCAUGGUAUUACCCAAGAGCACUUAAAAGUGCAUUGUUUCUUUUUUUCGUUUAACUGUUCGUACACGGAUGUUGAGUUACACGCAGAGUGGACGAGGCAGACUUCUUUUAUAUUAUGAGUUUUUAGUAUUAGCCGAAAAUUACCGCUGGGCAAUUGAUUCGGCAUUACUGGGCCUACUAUUACUCUUUUGUUCAUUAGCAGGCAGAAACAGGCUAAAAAAAUUUUUCUGGGAACAGGCCGGAAUUCUUUUUUGGCUUUUUGUCAACUGUUGAAUAACUAAUCGAAUGUAGAUACUAUCUUAUGGUUUGCAACGGUUCGUGAUGAUAAUGGAAGUAUGUUAUCUAUUUCUCUGCACACAACGGCUUCCAGUGGUUUCCUAUGGGAUUAUUCCCCAUUCACGGGCCCUGUUUCUCAGAGCAUUGAUUGAAUAGUUCAGCGUGUCCUCAUUUUGUCUGAUACAAACCCCUAUAUGUUUCAUUAUUACUGAUUGUUGAACAAAGCUAAAUAAAAGUAUGCUGAAUCGAGUGGUCGCUUGCCUUAUUGCGACCGCAAUUGCAGGUAAGAUGUAAUUUCCAGGACGGUUGUGUCUGCAUAGUUUGCAUGUGUAUAAAUAUUAGAUAGAUCGAUUAUACUAUGAUGAGUGGAAAAAUUUUUGCGAAUGGCCCAGCAGUUGGUACAUGUUAAGUCGUACACGCAAGCACGUAGCAUAUGUAAACCAAUGAUCAUUACUGAUUUUUUAUAAUGAUUACCACCAUUUCUAAUGCCCACUGAUAUUUCACUAGCAUCAUAGUUGCAGGCGUUGAGAUGCAAAAAACAGAAGCGUAAUAACAAUUUAGACUGUAUUUCGAAUAUAUGCGUAUCUCGAAAGCCGACCGAAAUGAAGAAACAGAAUGCAGGCUCAGCGUAAUAACAAUUUAGACUGUAUUUCGAAUAUAUGCGUAUCUCGAAAGCCGACCGAAAUGAAGAAACAGAAUGCAGGCUCAGCGUUCAUUAGCUGAAGAAGAAAGUACGUUUAUCUUAAACUUUUAUCAACAAAAAUAAGGUAACAUUCAAAAUGUUCGCCAUAUUCAGAAGGAACAUAAUAAAUCAAAAGUAACACAACUGUCUAUUAUCUACAAUUUUAUGUAAAAGAAGUGUGCACUUUUAAGAGUGCAUGUGAUCAAUUAUUAUCACUGUAGUAUCAUAUCGUAUAUAAUUGAUGCAUCUGUGUGUCCUUUAGCGAACUUGAUUUUUGGUUUGAUAUUUUUAAGGUUAUUUCCGGAGAAGUCUGUUUUGUACCAGUUAUGUAGAUUUAAAGAAACAUUGAAAUUUUCAAUAAAAAAGUUGAAUCGAGAAUAGGUAUGUCAUAGUAUGAACUACACAUGGUGGGAGUGUACCUACCUGUGUUAGGAGAGUAAUUAUUUUCCAACUCAAAAGCCUGAAACGAUAGCCAAUUGACGUCAGCUGAUACAACGAAACGUCUCAAGGUUGAGAACAUCGUUUGCAAUAAGCUGUAUGGUGGAACAUCAAAACUGGAUUGUAUAAAAACAAAUACAGGUAUUAUAAAAAUAAAUAAUGAUAUAAUUUUUUCUCGAAGAAUACGCUUGAAUUAGUUACAAAGAAUCCGAGAAUAUUAGGCUGGGUAAUGUUAAAGCACUUUUCCUACAGAGGCUAUACUGUAAUAUCAGGACACAUACCAUCAUCAAUUUACGUUUUGCUCAUUCGCAAUUUUCUAUGCUGAAUUCUCAGCAAACAGAGUAAUUGUAAAUGAAAACUCGGACUUCAAACUAUGUUUGAGAAUGUCCAGACAUUUCCCUCGACUUUUAUGCACAUAGGGCAUUUGGGAUAUACGACCACAGUCAUGCACCAUCCUAGGAUGAACAGACAGAGCUUUAUACGUGUAGAUUAAACAAAUUCAUUUAUUGACUACACUUCACGGGUACAAGUCAUCUGGGUACAAGUAUUUCAAGUUUCGUUAGUUGAUUAAUUUUUACCAAAAAGUCAUCUCUAAAAGUUAAAACGUCAAACGCACGCAUUUCAUACCAGUUUUGUGUUCUUUCUCUACAACUGACAACCGCUGACACAUAAUUCGUAAAUAACUUAUUUUAUUAGUCGACACCAAACUUUUCCCGCCAGCAUAUUGAAUUAUAAUCACGCGCAUUUUUAUUUUGUUUUUCUUUAUCACGGUUUUAACAUCACUUGUGUAUGCUACGUCUUUCCGUG